AAAGCGCGGGCCAUGCGGGGGACCCUGCGCCUCGUUCGGUCGCCCAGAUACUGGUGCCACGGAGCCUCCUCCCAUACCUGAGCAGGGAGCGCCGUGAGGUGGAGCAAGCUGAGCUCACCGCCCCGAGUCUGCCCGAGCUAAAGGUCGCCUGGGAGCUGGGUAAGCAGCGCUAGUGUCCGGGCAGAGAGCGGACAGAAGGGCACCGGUGUAGCACAGCGCACACUAACCGGACAUACAACCAGGAGCAGAGCGGAUCUGACCCCCUUGUACAUGGCCCCCGGGCUGCACCUGUGAGUGGACGCGCUUCUCUGGAUCACUUUGCCGGCGGAAGCAGAAGAGAAUGUCGGUGUAUGAGCUGUAUACCCGGUUUACUCGGGUUUGGAUUCCUGAUGCAGAGGAAGUGUGGAGAUCAGCGGAAAUUGUCAAGGAUUAUAAAGAAGGGGAUACAAGUCUGCAACUAAAGCUAGAAGAUGAAUCUAUUUAUGAAUAUCAUCUGGAUCCUAAAACGAAACAAUUACCGCAUCUUCGUAACCCGGACAUUCUGGUGGGAGAAAAUGACCUAACUGCUCUCAGUUAUCUCCAUGAACCGGCCGUGCUACAUAACCUAAAAGUCCGCUUUUUAGAGUCCAACCACAUCUAUACCUACUGUGGCAUUGUACUUGUUGCAAUUAACCCCUACGAGCAGCUUCCGAUCUAUGGAGAAGAUGUCAUUUAUGCAUACAGUGGUCAGAAUAUGGGCGACAUGGAUCCUCAUAUAUUUGCAGUGGCAGAGGAAGCAUACAAACAAAUGGCAAGAGAUGAGAAGAACCAGUCUAUCAUAGUAAGUGGGGAAUCGGGAGCAGGGAAAACCGUAUCUGCUAAAUACGCCAUGCGAUUCUUUGCCACUGUUGGUGGCUCUGCCAGUGAAACUAAUGUUGAAGAGAAAGUCCUGGCAUCUAGUCCCAUCAUGGAGGCUAUUGGGAAUGCGAAAACCACAAGGAACGAUAACAGUAGCCGCUUUGGAAAGUACAUCCAAAUUGGCUUUGACAAACGAUAUCACAUAAUUGGCGCCAACAUGAGGACCUAUCUGCUCGAAAAGUCACGUGUUGUAUUUCAGGCAGAGGAUGAGAGAAACUACCAUAUUUUCUACCAGCUUUGUGCUUCAUCUAAUUUACCAGAAUUCUCAGAGCUGUCACUGACACAAGCUGAAGACUUUUUUUACACCAGUCAAGGGGGUGACACAGUUAUUGAUGGGGUGGACGACGCUGAUGACUUUGAGAAGACAAGACAAGCUUUCACUCUUCUGGGAGUGAAGGAAACUCAUCAGAUGAGUAUUUUUAAGAUAAUUGCGUCAAUCCUGCAUCUUGGAAAUGUACAGAUCGAAUCAGAACGAGACGGUGAAUCAUGCAAUUUACAGAAAGGCGAUAUACCGCUCAACCACUUCUGCUCGUUGCUUGGAGUAGAACACGACCAGAUGGAGCACUGGCUGUGCCACAGGAAGCUGGUUACCACCUCUGAGACAUACGUGAAAACCAUGUCCGUACAGCAAGCCACUAAUGCCAGGAAUGCUCUGGCAAAACAUAUUUAUGCUCAACUGUUCAACUGGAUCGUACAGCAUGUCAACAAAGCGCUGCAUACCACAAGCAAGCAGCACUCUUUCAUUGGGGUCCUAGACAUCUACGGAUUUGAAACCUUUGAAAUCAACAGCUUUGAACAAUUUUGCAUCAAUUACGCGAAUGAAAAACUUCAACAGCAAUUUAACUCACACGUUUUUAAGCUGGAGCAAGAGGAAUACAUGAAAGAACAGAUUCCAUGGACUCUGAUAGAUUUCUAUGAUAAUCAGCCUUGCAUUGACCUUAUAGAGGCAAAGCUCGGCAUUCUGGACCUUUUGGAUGAAGAGUGCAAGGUCCCCAAAGGAACUGACCAGAACUGGUGCCAGAAGUUGUAUGAUCGACACAUUAGUAGCCAACACUUCAAGAAACCUCGAAUGUCUAAUAGUGCAUUUAUUGUGGUGCACUUUGCUGAUAAGGUGGAAUAUCAAUGUGAAGGAUUCUUGGAGAAAAACCGGGAUACAGUGUAUGAAGAGCAGAUUAACAUCCUGAAGGCCAGUAAGUAUCAGCUUGUUGCUGAUCUGUUUCACAAUGAAAAAGAUGCUGUUCCGCCAACUCCCACAGGAAAGUCUAAAAUCAAUGUACGGGCUGCUAAACCCGCCUUAAAAAACCCAAAUAAAGAGCACAAAAAAACAGUUGGACAUCAGUUCCGUAACUCUCUGCACUUGUUAAUGGAAACUUUGAACGCCACAACGCCACAUUACGUGCGGUGCAUAAAACCGAAUGAUGAAAAGCUUGCGUUUAGCUUUGACCCAAAGAGAGCCGUACAGCAGCUGAGAGCAUGUGGUGUUCUAGAGACGAUCCGAAUUAGCGCUGCAGGUUAUCCAUCCAGGUGGACAUACCAUGAUUUCUUUAACCGUUAUAGAGUUCUGAUGCGAAAGAAAGAUCUUUCUCAAAACGACAAAAAGCUUAUCUGUAAAACCGUACUGGAGAACCUCGUUAAGGAUCCAGACAAGUUCCAGUUUGGACGCACCAAGAUCUUUUUCCGAGCUGGACAAGUCGCCUACUUGGAGAAACUGCGUGCAGAUAAGUUCCGAGCUGCAACAAUCAUGAUCCAAAAAAAUGUACGGGGUUGGCUGCAAAGACUCAAAUAUCAAAGGAUGAAGAGAGCCGCCAUAACUAUACAGAGAUACACACGGGGGCAUCUUGCUCGCAGGUUGGCAGAACAUCUCCGCAAAACAAAGGCUGCUAUAAUCUUCCAGAAGCAAUUCCGUAUGAUUCGCGUGUAUCGUGGCUACCAGAGGAUUCGUCGGGCAGCUAUCACUAUCCAGUCCUUUACACGGGGCAUGUUUGUCAGAAGAGCUUAUCAUGAGCUUCUGGAGCAGCACAAGGCUACCGUCAUCCAGAAGCAUCUCCGUGGCUGGCUUGCCCGCAAGCAUUUUGCCAUGUUCCGCAGUGCUGCUGUUGUCAUCCAGUGCUACUACCGGAGAAUGAAGGCUCGACGAGAACUCAAACAGCUGAAAAUCGAGGCCAGGACAGCCGAACACUUCAAGAAGCUUAGUGUGGGGAUGGAGAACAAGGUGGUUCAGCUGCAAAGGAAGAUAGAUGAGCAGAACAAAGAACAAAAGGAUUUGAAGGAGCAGCUCGCUGUAAUAGCUACGACACACGUGGCUGAGGUCGAAAAACUACAGAAAGAGCUUAAGAAGCAGAAGCAAAACCAGCAGGACGAGAAUCAGCUCGGAGUCGUCACAUUGCAGGAAGAAAUAGAGGUUCUGAGAUCCGAACUGACAAAAGCACAAAGCGAAAGGAAGAUCGUGGAGGACACGUUAAUGAGUGAGAAGCAGCAGUUGCAGCAGAGGAUAUCUGAACUGGAAGGUGAAAAUACGCUGUUGAAAGAAGAAAAAGAGGAACUGAACAACAAGAUCCUAUUGCGCUGUGAAGAUGAAUUUACUCAGAGCACAGUUAAGGAGAAUUUACAGAUGCAGAAAGACCUUGAGGAGGAGAGAGCUCGGCAUCAGAAUCUGUUGAAGGAAUACACCCGCCUGGAGCAAAGAUAUGACAACUUAAAGGAGGAAAUGACAUUAAUCAAGAAUACACCAGGGCACAGAAGGAACCCAUCAAACCAGAGCAGCCUGGAGUCGGAUUCCAACUACCCUUCAAUAUCUACUUCUGAGAUUGGCGACACAGAAGACACCAUUAUGCAGGUGGAGGAGGCCGGUUUGGAGAAAGCUGCUAUGGAUAUGACGCUGUUCCUGAAACUUCAGAAACGAGUACGAGAACUGGAGUUGGAAAGGAAGAAGUUGCAAAAUCAAUUAGAGAAAAAAGAACAAGAAAUGAAAAAACCUCAGGUGAUUGAAAACAAGGAUGAAAUUAAAUCAGAUCCAGAUACAGACAUUGCAUACAACAAUUUGAAGAGGCAAGAACUGGAGUCCGAAAAUAAGAAACUUAAAAAUGACCUAAAUGAGCUGAGGAAAGCCGUAGCUGAUGGUGCAUCUCAGAAUGACUCAAAUGACGAAUCCAAUGGGUACGAGUUACUUUUAAACCAGCUGAAAUCAGCCAAUGAAGAGCUGGAAGUGCGCAAAGAAGAAGUGCUUAUUCUAAGGUCACAGAUUGUAAAUGCCGCUCAGAAAAAUGACCCAGAGAAGAACAUGGUAACAGAAGCAAAUUGGGAAAACAGUAACAAACAAGUGGAUCAAGACGAUGCAAUUGAAGCAUAUCACGGUGUCUGUGAGACUAACAGAAUCCUCGAAGCACAACUGCAGGCACAAACCCAGCAGCAUGAAGAAGAGGUUGAGAUCCUGACCUCUCACAUUGAAGCUAUGAAAGAAGAGCUGGAAACACAAGAGCAAAACCUUCUCCAUAUCAUGCAGCUGUCACCGGAAGCUCAGGUGGAGUUUGGACUUCAGCAUGAAAUUACCAGACUUACCAAUGAAAAUUUGGACCUCAAAGAAUUAUUGGAGAAAUCUGAAAAGAAUGAAAAGAAACUAAAAAAGCAGCUGAAACUUUGCAUGAAAAAACUUCAGGAGUUUGAAGCAUCUCCAGAAACCGUUCCAACAGAGAGGAAACAUCAUGAGCUCACACGGCAGGUGACGGUGCAGAGAAUUGAGAAGGAUUUCCAGGGGAUGCUGGAGUAUUACAAGGAGGAUGAGCCCCUCCUCAUCAGACACCUCAUUUUAGAUCUAAAACCGCAGCAGACAUCUGCCACUGUACCAUGCCUUCCGGCCUACAUCCUCUUCAUGUGUAUCAGACAUGCGGACUAUAUGAACGACGACCAGAAGGUGCACUCACUGCUGACAUCCACCAUCAACGCCGUUAAGAAAGUUCUAAAGAAACACAAUGACGACUUCCAGAUGACAUCUUUCUGGUUAGCCAACGCCAGCCGCCUCCUCCACUGCUUAAAACAGUACAGCGGGGAUGAAGGCUUUAUGAACAGUAACACUUCCAGACAGAACGAACACUGUCUGAGGAAUUUCGACCUCACAGAGUAUCGCCAGGUCCUUAGUGACUUGUCGAUUCAGAUCUAUCAGCAGAUGAUAAAGAUUUCUGAGGGUCUUCUUCAGCCAAUGAUAGUGUCUGCAAUGUUAGAAAAUGAAAGUAUUCAAGGCCUUUCGGGGGUGAAGCCAACCGGCUACAGGAAGAGAUCUUCCAGUAUGGUGGAUGGCGAUAACUCUUACAGUCUAGAGGCCGUCAUACGUCAGCUGAACUCUUUCAACAGUGUUAUGUGUGACCAUGGGCUGGACCCUGAGAUCAUCCAGCAAGUCUUUAAGCAACUUUUCUACAUGAUUAAUGCAGUGACUUUGAAUAACUUAUUGCUAAGAAAGGAUGUUUGUUCAUGGAGUACCGGCAUGCAGCUUAGGUAUAAUAUUAGCCAGUUAGAAGAGUGGCUACGUGGGAAGAAUUUGCACCCGAGUGGAGCGGCUCAGACAAUGGAUCCGCUUAUACAUGCAGCGCAGCUCUUACAGCUAAAGAAGAAAACACAAGAGGAUGCAGAAGCUAUUUGCUCAUUGUGCACAGGGUUAACCACACAGCAAAUUGUUAAGAUUCUUAAUCUCUACACACCAGUAAAUGAGUUUGAAGAGCGUGUGACUGUGGCCUUUAUCAGAACUAUUCAGGCCCAGUUACAGGAGCGGAAUGACCCACCCCAACUGCUGCUAGACUCGAAAUAUAUGUUCCCCGUUUUAUUCCCUUUCAACCCAUCAUCUCUCACUUUGGACACUGUUCAUAUUCCGGCAUCUCUUCGUCUGGAUUUCCUCAACAGAGUUUGAAAAUACUUUUUUUUUUGUUACCCAUGAAACAAUUUAGCAUAAAGGAGGAAAUAUUAUAUUAUAUAUAUUAAAUUGAGGACCAAACACUAAGUUUUAAAAACUAUUAAAUACUGAUAAGUUAAAAUGUCAUAAAGUAGCUUUGCAAGCGAAUAUAAUGCACUGAACCUGAGUUUAUUAACCCACUGUCAAAAAUACUUGAAAUAUAGAAUUUUUUUAACCUGCUUAUUGUCAAAUUAUAGCUGUUUAUAAUGGCACAAUGGUUCCAUACUUGCACCUAAAGUGAUGUAUUUUAGUGAAAAAGAUUGUCAUAUAGUGUAUGAUUAUAUAUUAUAUCCUUUUAUAAUAUAUCAUAAUUUUAUUGCCAGUGAAUCAUCAUUUGUUUGUCUUUCAUAAUUCAGAUAGAGCACGCGAUUUUAAACAAUUUUCUAAGUUACUUUUAUUAUCAAUUUUUCUUUGUUUUCUUGGUAUUUUUUUUUUUUUUAAAAGCAGUGACGUAAACUUAGGAGCCGACCCUUUUCUGAAGCACUAUUUUGCAGCAGUUUUUCUAGAUUGUUAUCUGUUUGCAAGAGCACUAGAUAGCAGCACUAUUUCCUGCCACAUAGUGCUCCGGACGCCUACCUAGCUAUCUAUUUAAAGUGCCAUAAAACAUGUUGAGAUCUGUGCAUAUCCUAAAAGGGCUAAUAAAGUAAAAAAUGGUGCAUAAAAAUUGUUUAAAAAUUGCUGGCAAGUAUUUUAAAAUCAUUUUCAAAAAUAAGUAAAAUGAGUUACAUAGCCAUGCUUUCUGGAGUAGUCUGAUCCACCCCCCUUAUCAGUAUUUAGCAUCAGAAGCACAAAAAUUGUAUUUCGCAGCAGCUUAUUUGCUUCUAGACAUGCUCCCGCAGAUAAUGACUGUUAAAGUCUUGCAUUCUACCAAAACAAAGGUGGAUAUAGAUACAGCCAUAGAAGAAAAUAUGUUGGAGUUAGAGCUGUACAAUUCGGAAACUUAAAAGAAACGGUUAAUGGCGAGGCACUGCAGUAUAAAUUUGCAGGUAAAGUAAUUAAAGUACAUAUAUAUUUUGUCUCUAUCCCAACUUGUUUUAUGUCCCUUUAACAAAGAAUACCAUGGAAACUAAGCAUUUUUGAUAAUAAAAGUAAAUUGGAAUUAAAUGCUCUGUCUGAAUCAUAAAAGAAAUGUUUUAAGUUCUAUAUCCAUACCCAUUGUUACUGCACCAGGCUCUGGUCCCUUCUCAAAUUCUUGUUUUGCAACAUUCAGUACCAAUUAAAAAACUGUUAUAACUA